AAACCGCUCCCCACCGAAGGAGGCUGCAGUCUCCGCCGGCCACUGCAGGCGGACCACCCUCCCCGAGACCCCCGGAUCACCCCCCAACCAUGGCCGGCCUCAGGGUCUACAGCACCUCGGUCACCGGCUCCCGGGAGAUCAAAUCCCAGCAGAGCGAAGUGACCCGCAUCCUGGACGGGAAGCGCAUCAAGUACGAGCUGGUGGACAUCUCGCAGGACAACGCCCUCCGGGAGGAGAUGAGAGCCAAGACGGGAAACCCCAAAGCCAUCCCCCCGCAGAUAUUUAACGGAGACCACUACUGUGGGGACUACGAGCUGUUCGUGGAGGCGGUGGAGCAGGACACCCUGCAGGAGUUCCUGAAGCUCUCCUGAGCCCCCUCUCACCCCCUGGACUCUGUAACCGCCCCCCUUUGCCGUCUUCGGGCUCAGAGGACCCCCGGGACCAAGCCUGCCCUCGACCCCCCUCGUACCCGGCUCUCAGGAACUGACGUAAAGCCCCCGCCCCCACCCGUCCCUUGCCAUUCCCCAAUUUCAGCAGCUCUGCAGCAUCCAAGGCCUCGGGAUGGAGUCGGUGCAGGGGGGCUCCCGCUCCCCUGCCCAGACCCCCUGGCAUCGUCCGGGCGGGGGGAGUGCCAGAGGGCACAGCUGGGGGACCCCCCCCCCAGGCAUCCAGGAAGUGGGUUUCUUGGGGGGAGGGAACUUAGCCCCCUCAGGUGGUCCCCAUCCUGUCUGCCCCCUGAGUCGCCCACCCGCACCCCACUCCUACCCCCACGGGACCAAACGCCCGCUCGCGGGUGGUGGUGUCACUAAGUAGCUAUUAAACCGUGCGAGCCUGGCA